GUUAGCUAUACCAAUAAAUCCGAUAUGUGAGGACUAACGACAAAGCUGCUGCCCAAUUAAAUGGGUUGAUUUAGGUAUUCCAACUUCAGCCUUUGUAAUUUCAUUGUUCUAUUUUUUAGCUCAAAUGACCAUUUCUUUGUUCUACGUGAACAAAAAGUAUGUAUACAUAAUACAAUAUUACAAGUUGGAAUGCUCAUACAUAUCACUGGCUUGUUACAAUUUAUUUUCUACGCUCUUGAUAUUAUUUAACCGUAAUUACGUUAUAUUGUACUGCGUAUAUUAUAUGUUCUAAUUGCUUCUCUGGAAAAAAGAAAAAAUUGGCUAUGGAGAAGAGGAAAACAAAAGAGGUAGAAGCUUAUUCAUAAUACAUUUGGUGGUCCAACUCCGACCUCCAAGUAUAAGCAACUACUAUGCUUCAAAGUUCAAGGCAAUGAACAAUGCUGACUUUUUUACAAAAUAGUACUGUAUCAUUUGUUACCACCAAAAUAGAGAUUAUUGAGUAAAAUCUUUUGGACGAAAAAGAAAACGAGGGUAAAGCUUUUGAAUGUCAUAUAGUGACGCUCAAUAUUCUCCACAGAAAUAACAUGAGUGAGAAUUGUUCAAAAUGAACAUAUGGGAUUCAUGCCUUGCCUUUUGAAAAUGUCAAGCAUUUCCUUUCAAUUUUCCUUAAAAUUUCUGUUACGCAAUGUCAGCGUGACAGCCUGAAUUUGGAAUGGGAAAAACGAAAAGCAACACCAAAACUUCAAAAGAUAAAUGAAAGAUGCAAUUUGGUACUAUAUGACCAAUGGACUCAUCAGUCAUCAUACAUAUGGGAAGAAGAUAUCACAUUUGUACACAGAAAAAAGGAAUUUAAAAGCACGGAAGUUAAGUCACAAGCUUUGCCAACCUUUAGGAUAUUUAAAGGUCCAACAAAAACAAGAAUACUAUAAGAGGAAAAUGUUCAACUGCUUCAAACCAAGAAAAAACCCAAGGGAAACCAUAGAAAAGAUGCAAAAUGCAAACAAGAAUAAGGGCAAUAUAGCACAAAGAUGGAGCCUUCUUAGUGGGAGUAACAAUUGGGAAGGCUUAUUAGAUCCACUUGACAAUGAUCUUCGUCAGUACCUCAUUCACUACGGGGAAAUGGCACAAGCAACUCGAGACGCCUUCAACAACGACAAGACCUCUAAGUACGCUGGAAGUUGCAGAUACUCUAAGAAGAACCUCUUUUCUCAAACGGGGAUUGCAAUGUCGAAUCCAUUCAAGUAUGAGGUAACCAAAUAUUUUUACGCGACAUCAUCAAUACAUGUUCCAGAAGCAUUCAUCAUAAAAUCAUUGUCAAGGGAAGCUUGGAGUAAAGAGUCAAAUUGGAUUGGUUUUGUUGCUGUGGCUACUGAUGAGGGGAAGAUUGCAUUAGGAAGAAGGGAUAUAGUGAUUGCAUGGAGAGGCAGUGUUCCGGCUUUGGAAUGGAUUAACGAUUUUGAAUUUUUUAAAGUCUCAGCCCCUAUAAUCUUUGGUGAAGAAUCUGAACCUAGGGUUCAUCAAGGAUGGUAUUCCAUUUAUACUUCAGAUGAUCCACGAUCACCAUUCAAUAAAGCCAGUGCUAGAGAUCAGGUGUUUGGUGAAGUUCAAAGAUUGGUGGAACAAUACAAGAAUGAAGAAAUUACCAUAACUGUAACAGGGAAUAGCAUGGGGGCAGCACUCGCGACACUAAAUGCAGUAGAUAUUGUUUUCAAUGGAAUUAACAAGGGAGUUCCAGUCACAGCAUUUCUAUUUGCAAGUCCAAAGGUGGGAGAUGAAAAUUUCAAGGAAACCUUCUCAGAACUCGAAUAUCUUCGAGCUCUGAGAGUCCGAAAUAUUCCAGAUAUAAUUCCAGAUUGUCCGUUGAUUGGCUACUCAGAAGUUGGUAUCGAAUUAGACAUUGACACUAGGGAAUCGGGCUAUCUAAAAGGUCCUGGAGAUGAUAACACUUGGCAUAACCUGGAAUGUUACUUGCAUGGAAUUGCUGGAACGCAAGGAUCCGAAGGAGGGUUCAAGUUAGAAGUGGAACGCGAUAUUUCACUUGUUAACAAGUAUUUGGACACGUUAAAAGAUGAAUAUGGUGUACCAACUUCAUGGUGGGUUGUGAAGAAUAAAGGAAUGGUUCAACAGCAAAAUGGAUCUUGGAUUCUCAUGGAUCAUGAAGAUGAUGAUUUGUAAUUCUUUUUCAAGGAAAUAGAUCCAGAAGUUUAAAUGUUUUAAUAUUUUUCUAUAGCUAGUAUUAGAACUCGUGAUGCGUGGAUAAUAUUACACAAGUAAUCAUGAUUACAUUAGAUAUAUCCGGGGGCGAAUUUAUGCAUAAAUUUUGGGUCACGUGAACACAUGGUCACUCGACUAAACUCGAUAUAUUAUGUAUAUAAUUCUGAAAAUAUAUGUAACAUUAACUAAAGGAACACAUGGUCAAAAUAGGCUGAUUGGAGCACUGGAUAGAGGCUAUGUUUACAUCCUUAAAGUCACGGGUUCAAUGCCCAGCUCCUGCAUGUUUUUGCUAUUAUUUUAUAAAGCUGCCUUUUGUAUAUUGCAUCAG